UGAUCAUUGGGAAACACUUAAAAUGGGCAGCAGAUGUUGAACAUCAAUGGCACAUCACGUUGCUUUGAAUAAGUCCUCCUUGUUGGACAUGUCCCUAUAUCUUCUUCUCCAUGCUCCACCUUUUAUCCCCUCUUUCAUGAACUGAAAAACACUCCCCUAAUUCCACUCCACUCUUUUGUUAUAUCUUGUCUUUCAUCUUCUUCUUCAUUCCACUUGAGGCAUCAUGUCUCGGGUUGUUGGCGGCGGUGACGGUGGCGGAGAGAAGGGCAUCAUGUUAUUCGGUGUUCGAGUGACGGAAGGAUCGUUUAGGAAAAGUGUUAGCAUGAAUAAUCUGUCUCAGUUUGAUCAGACUCCUCAGGAUUCUAACGCCGAUGCCGGUUAUGCCUCCGACGAUGUCGUUCAUGCAUCGGGAAGAUACCGUGAACGAAAGAGAGGUGUUCCAUGGACGGAGGAGGAGCAUAGAUUGUUCUUACUAGGGUUACAGAAGGUAGGGAAAGGAGACUGGAGAGGGAUUUCAAGGAACUUCGUGAAGACACGUACACCAACUCAGGUGGCCAGUCAUGCACAAAAGUACUUUCUCCGGCGAAAUAACCAUAAUCGCCGCCGCCGGAGAUCUAGUCUUUUUGAUAUUACAACUGAUUCCUUCAUAAACUCAACCAUAUUGGAAGAAGAUGAACCAGUCCACCGAGAAAACAUUCCGGUGCCACCGCAGAUGAGUGGUUUUCCAAUGUCAAUGUUUCCUGUGAGUCUAAGCACUACUCCAGUAGUUUUAAAAUUCACAGGAGAAAAUAAAUCCAUGGAAAAUCUCACGUUAGGGCCGAUCCCGGUGGCGAAAACGUCCCCGAACCUUAUCCGUCCGGUGCCGAUUCUUCCACUUCCUCCAUCAUCAAAAAUGUCAGAUCUUAAUUUAAACCAGAAGAUCCAACUUGACCCUUCACCGCUUUCAUUGAAACUCUCCACACCCUCCUCCUCCGACGAGCAGCCGCCGACGUCAGAGGCACACUCGUCUAGUUUUCAGGCCAUGUCAAGCGGGGAUAACAAUAACAUCAUCAGCGUUGCUUGAAGAUUACACGAGGAAUAUAUGGGAUACAUAUACAGUAGUAAAUUACCUGGAGCUGUAUUAUGACAAGAUUGAAUAAAAAUAAACAAAAAAGAAAAGAACAGAGAAGAGAAUAGAUUAUUAAGUGAUUAGGUGAAAUCCCUUGUUUUGUACAGAUUAAUUAUUACUUAAUUAGAGUAGUCAAAAGGAAAGUGGGGUGUCUUUGUCUUUGAUGUUGUGGGUGAUCAGCUGCUGUUCUUCAAUCUGCCGUGCUUUCUUUUUUAUGCACUUUUAGGUACAGUGAACUAAGAGGUGUUGGGUUUA